CCGGUGCGGGGGGUGUCGGGCCCCGGGGCUGGGGAUGCUGGGGCCGCCCACCCCUGACGGCCACCCCCCAGACCCAGCGAUGGAGAAGGGCCCCAACUCCUGCCAGGCCGCCACCAACAUGGUGGAGGGCAAUGGGCUCAGCCCUGAGGGGACAGAGACGCAGCUGGACGACGUUGUGGGCACGCACCCCGACUACAAUGAGGAGGAGGAAGAGCAGAAGUACUUCCGCCGCAAGCGUCUUGGCGCCAUCAAGAACGUGCUGGCCGCCAGCCUCGCGGCCAUGCUCACCUAUGGUGUCUACCUGGGCCUGCUGCAGAUGCAGCUCAUCCUGCACUACGAUGAGACCUACCGGGAGGUGAAGUACAGCAACAUGGAGCUGGAGGACAUCGACCGCAAGGUGCUUAUGGGCAUCAAUGUUACCCCCAUCGUGGCGCUGCUCUACACGCCCGUCCUCAUCAGGUUUUUCGGCACCAAGUGGACCAUGUUCCUAGCCAUGGGCAUCUAUGCCCUCUUCGUCUCCAGCAACUACUGGGAGCGCUACUACACACUGGUGCCCUCCGCAGUGGCCAUCGGGGUGGCCAUCGUGCCCCUCUGGGCUUCUAUAGGCAACUACAUCACACGGAUGGCCCAGAAGUACUACGAGUAUGCCAACUACAAGGAGGAGCAUGUCCAGGAGCAGCAGCGGGCACCACGGGGCGCCUGCAACGCCUACAUCGUCGUCUUCCACACCAUCUUCUACACCUGCUUCCACCUGAGUUUCGUCUGUGCUCAGAUGCCCAUGCUGUUCUUCCUCAACAACUACCUCUACCAGCUCAACCACACACUCUUUGGGGUCAAGCACUGUGGUACCCUGAGCAAGGGCAUGUUGCCUGGCUUCAACAAGACCGUGCUGCAGAGCCUGCCCCGCAGCGUCAACCUCAUCAUUGUGGAGAGUGCCCUCAUGGCAGCGGCCUUCCUCUCCAUGCUGGUGGUCCUGGUGCUAUGCGGCUCAGCCUACCGGCCCACGGAGGAGAUUGACCUGCGCAGCAUCGGCUGGGGCAACAUCUUCCAGCUGCCCUUCAAGCACAUGCGGGACUACCGCCUCCGCCACCUCUUCCCCUUCUUCAUCUACAGCGGCUUCGAGGUCCUCUUCGUCUGCACCGGCUUCUCCCUGAACUACGGCGUGUGCGCCAUCGGGCUGGAGAAGCUGGCAUACCUCCUCAUGGCCUAUGGCUUCUCCGCCUCGGCCUUCUCCAGCAUGGCCCUCUGCACGCUGUGCCUGCGGCGGCAGAGCCUGCUGCUGGCCGGAGCCUUCAUCCAUGCUGGGCUGCUGGUGACCCUCUUCUGCUGGGCGCCUGAGCCCCGGUCCCUGGUCCAGGCACCUCUGCUGUACACGCUGGCCGUGCUCUGGGGCGUGGGAAGUGCCCUCAACAAGACCGGCAUAAGCAUUCUCCUGGGCAUGCUAUACGAAGACAAAGAGCGUCAAGACUUCAUCUUCACCAUCUACCACUGGUGGCAGGCCCUGGCCAUCUUUGUGGUGUAUCUGUGGUUGGAGUUGCCCAUGAAGGCCAAGCUGUCCAUCAUGCUGCUGGCGCUGGCGGUGGCCACUGGUGCCUACAUGUGGAUGGAGCACAGGCUGGCGCAGCAUGUGGCGUACCGUGUGCCCCGCAUCCCCCGCCCGCGGCACAAGGUGCGCGGCUACCGCUACCUGGAGGAGGACAACUCGGACGAGACGGGCUCGGAGGGCGAGGCAGCGCCUGACAGCGACGAGCGGCAGGAGCCCCCACAGUGUGGUCCUGAGGAGGCCAAACGCCCAGCAGAAGCUGCCUGCGAGCUGCCUAAGGAGGACGGGGACUGCUUGGGCUAGGCGAGGCUGCGCCCCAGCUCCGGGUGCCCUGCCCCAUGCCACUGCUGCAUGCCGUGGGGCAGCCAAGUGGCCUUCGACCCCUGCGGCGGGUCCAGCUCUCGGCACCGUUUGCUAUUGCCGCUGGAUCCCACUGGAGCGGGCUGCGACGAGCCCAGGGAAGCACACAGCGGCGGUCGGCCAGGCACCCGGCAGCUCCUGGGCUGGGACAGCACAGUGUCCUGCUUGCUUUCUUUCUGUACGUCGCCGCUGCACCUCAAUAAAGACUCAGCAGCA